AAAGAAUCCACUCCACAUGAACUCUGUCAGUAUUUCAUAUCCGCUCUAUAAAGGUUAUAUAAAAAUUCUUAGAUAGUCAUGCAGUCCCUCCAAGCACCCGCGGCGUAUGUCAAUGCUAGCCUUGACACCCUUCUUUUCGCGGACAAUACGCAAUUUGCCUUCUCUGUCGGAAAAAGUCUCUUCUCUCGGGCAAAAGACUGUGAUAUUGGAGAAGAAUCCUGUGGACGAGGAUGUUGCUCCAACCUCGCUACCUGUUGCGGAGAUUCCUGCUGUCCCAUGUCGAGUAAAUGCGUCGAUUCGUCUGACGGGACCUGUUGCCGGUCCGGAAAUGCCAGAUGCGGACGUUCUGCUUGCUACGAUACGGAUUCUGAAAUCUGCUGCGGGGAGAGUGGCUACCAUUGCCCCAAGGAUACGCAAUGCUGUGGGACCAAAUGUUGUUUUAGUGACGCGCAUUGUGAAGAUGGGGAGUGUGUGAGUGGGAACAGUGGGAAUACCCUGAGGGUCAAGGGUGGGAUGACGAAGGUCUGGGCUGUUGCGAUUAGUUUGAUGAUAUUGUUUGCAGAUUGAUACAUGACUGCAUGCUUUGAGUUUCAUGUUAUGUAAAUAUUGUAUGGUUGUUCUGUUCAUGAGAUAGUCUUUCCUUCAUUCGAUUGAGUCUUUGUGUGGGUGUAAUGAGGUCAGACCUGAUUCGGUGUAUGGAGUACUGAGUAUCUGCAGCGAUGCUGGUCGACUGCGAGUUGAAACUAGUAUUGUUCAGUCGAUCGGGGAGGUUUUGUACAAGAACUCGCCCUGUUGAUAAAAGGGCUAAUAUGAGCCCUGAAACCCAGCCAGAACCAGGCGUUCAGAA